UACUAAAUAGACCAUCAAAAAUCAUCCGCAAAUGCCGAAGUCGAAGAGUCAGAAGAACAAACUUCGUCCUCGUGACUCAAAAGGACGCUUCACUCCUCUUGCCAAGACCAAGAGGACCGUCGUGAGCCGCUCCCGCUCCAGAAGCGCAUCUCGUGCUCGUCGAAGCCGUAGUGUUGGGAGACCAGCGAGUCGCAGAAUCUCAGUCCGUUCGGUCUCAACGCACACUGCCAAAUCGCCAAGCUUGGUUGUUGUGAUCUCUCCAUCACCACGUCGUCGUCGUUCAUCAACCAGCCGUUCGUCUCGUCGAUCGGUUGUGAGAAGCGCAUCCCGUGGAUCCGUGAGCCGCCGUUCGUCUUCUCGUGGAUCGGUGUAUGGACGCACAGGACGCUCUCGCUCGUCGAAGCGUUCUCGCUCCAGAAGCCGCUCCAGAAGCCGCUCCAGAAGUCGCUCUUAUUCACGCUCCCGUUCCGGGUCUCGCAGAAGCUCUCGUCGCCGCUCUCGUCGCCGCUCAUCCUUGAAGGCUCGUGGACGUCGUGCUUCGACUGCAAAGAAGACUCCUGCCAAGAGACGUAGUCGCAGCAGAAGCCAACAGAAGGUCAAACGCUCGAUGAGCCGCAAAGGCUGAACGGAUUGAAAUGGAACUGAAUAGCUUAUGAAAUAAAUUGUGUGAUAUUG